ACACUGGUGUGUGCACAGUGUCCGAAAAGGCAUGUUGUAAAUACAUAUACACAUCCUGAAAUAAUUGAAUGAGGAUUUCCAAACAGCUCAAAAUGGUUAUGAAGUAUAUUGACAUUGGCGCUAACCUCACCGACCCCAUGUUUCGUGGCAUCUACGGCGGCUCACAGAAACAUGCCGACGAUUUGCAUUUGGUGCUAAAUCGUGCCUGGAUUCAAGGCGUGCAGAAAAUGAUUAUUACCGUGGGCACACUUAACGAAGCGGAAGCGGCGCUGCAGUUGGCGAAAGAAGAUGAUCGUCUAAACAUUACAAUGGGUUGCCAUCCAACGCGCUGUAAUGAGUUUCUACCCGACCCGCAACAAUACUACGAGGGUCUGCGAAACAAAAUACGUGAAAACCCAGAAAAGGUGGUUGCAGUGGGUGAGUGUGGACUCGACUACGAUCGAUUGCAUUUCUGCGAAAAAGACACGCAAAAGACAUAUUUUGAGAAACAGCUCAGCUUGGCUGCCGAAUUUCGUUUGCCACUCUUCCUGCAUUGUCGCAGUGCGCAUGCUGACUUCAUGGAAAUAUUGGAGCGCAAUCGGGACAAGUUGUUGAAUUGUGGUGGAGGUGUAGUCCACAGUUUUGAUGGCACACUGGAGGAAGCAGAAAAAGUGAUCAACUACGGAGGAUUAUACAUCGGUUUGAAUGGGUGCUCCUUGAAGACAGCAGAGAAUUUAGAAGUUGUUAAAAGAAUAUCCAACGAAUGUAUUAUGUUGGAAACUGAUUGCCCGUGGUGUGGAAUACGACCAUCGCAUGCAGGUGCCAAAUUUGUACAAACGAAAUUUACGGCGGUCAAGAAAAAGGAGAAAUGGACCCCGGACACCUUGGUCGACGGACGUUGCGAACCAUGCCAAAUUAGCCAAGUGCUUGAAGUUAUCGCUGGCGUGAAGGAGGAAAAUGCUUCUAAACUGGCAGAAACGUACUAUGACAACACAAUGAAACUAUUUAAGCUAUAAGAAAAUCAAAAAAUAUGUUCAUACGUUAUCUUAAUAUAGAAAGACCCUAACUAAUUUUCUUUCGAAUAUCAGCUUUAAAGGAGGCGGAUUACUGAUUUACCAUCUAAUGGAAUUUAAAAAUAAUUGUAAAAACAUUACAUGCAUACAGCCUUUAUUAAAAAGCAUUGUUUGAAACAGGGUACGAAAAUAAACUGUACAAAACAAUUCCCAUUUGACAUCGAUCAUCAUAUCAUUUGUG